AUGGGGACAAAAAUGGCCAAAAUCACACGGCGCAAUACGUUUCGGGCAAACGGGGCUGCCGUGGCCACCGGGAACAUAGUCGAGGACGCUAUUGAAGUCAACAACAUUGUGGAAGAGAUAGCGGGAAAAAAAGAGGCAUACGAACAGUCUCCCGACCCCUGUUCCUACUUUCGGUCAGACGUGUGCCCGACCACCGCCUACUAUUUCACGUGCGCGGGGAAUGGAUCACCCUCUUGCAGACACAAAUGCGAGGGGCCGAAUGGGCAGGGCUUAUGUGGGGAUCAUGGCACGUGCUUCUUUGGUCUCCAAGACAAUGCACUGGCUUGCAAGUGCGAGGUGACAUCAUGGCACGUGUAUCACGGCGCGCAAUGUGAGCAGACGACAGCGACACUUUGGUUCGUGUUGGCGGUAUCUCUGGGUACAGGAAGUGCUUUCCUGCUCAUUCUUGUAGCCAUCAUUGUUUGGCUCUGCAUACGCCGCCGACGAGAUAAAAAGACGCACGGUGUCAGUCUGUCUGAUGACUUGGAAUGGGAAUUUUUGAGGGCUAAAGGGAUUGGGACUCUUAGGGACCUCAGUUUCCGGUCACGCCCCGAUAAGACGAGCCCCCUAUACGGCCGAUUCCACAGACAACCUGGACAUGUCAAUGAGACAUUUGAACCGGUGUUUAGCGGAAAUGGCCGACUGCGGGCGGGCAUGUACCUCCCGACAGAACCAGAAGCUGGUGCCUCAAACGUGCCUUCCUUCCUUCGUAUCGACACCGCCGCUGACUAUUCCAUACAACGACCGACAGUUUCGUACGAACCAUUGGACGUCUACAGAAACCUCUACUCAGAUGCAUAUAACACAGAGUUUCCGACAGACACACGCCCUAAGCCAUCAGCUCCUGACAUGGAAAUUAGAACAAUGGUUUAGUUGCCAUGGCACUGGAAGUUUUAAUAUAAGUUGCGCGCGCAUAACCAGCUGGCCUGAACAUGCGCGAACAUAUUAUAGCGCUUUGGUACAUUUUGUUUCAUUAUCAUUUAAUCAUAUUAUGAUAUUUCCUUUAUUGUAUUUUGCUUGACGGAAAAUAUAACCAGUUACAUUCCUUUAUUGUUGUUAAUGUUUUAUUAUGUUUAUGGAUAUUAAAAUAAAGCCUUUAAGCAGUUUUAUGUAUUUAGUUAAUGUAAAAUAAUAAAGGCAUGUCAGAUGUAGUUCUUUUUCAGCUAGUGUGUUAGUUUUAUCUUAGUUUGGGCUGGGACCAAUAAUACAACGCCAAAUAUUUUUUUUCAUUAGUGUAUUCUAUGUUAAAUGAAAGAUAAUGUAUUCAGGUUUAUAUUGGUAAAUAAAUUGUCAAAUUAUCAUAUUCAGUUUUAAAUAAAUGAAUAUUUUCAUUACACCUUUCCUCUUUUUCAAACCUGUUCUGGCGGUCAAAUAUUGCCGAUUUUCAUUGAACGUCUCUUUUUUAACUCGCCUUUUCAACUCCACACAUCUUUUUUCAUUAGUGCAUUUUAUGUCAAAUGAAAGGUAAUUUAUUCAGCUUUAUUUCGAUGUAUAAAUUGUUAAAAUUUCAUGUUUAUAAUUAAAUAAAUGAUAAUUUUCGUUA